AAUCUCCUUUACAGACAAUAGGUGAAGAACAAGCCCAGAACCCCUACACUGAACUGCUUGUACUGAAAGCUCAUCAUGAUAUUGUACGAUUUCUGGUGCAGUUAGAUGACUGCAGAUUUGCAUCUGCUGGUGAUGAUGGAAUUGUAGUUGUGUGGAAUGCCCAGACUGGAGAAAAACUUUUGGAACUCAGUGGACACACUCAAAAGAUAACAGCUAUUAUUACAUUUCCUUCUUUGGAAUCCUGUGAAGAGAAAAAUCAACUCAUCUUGACAGCCUCUGCUGAUAAAACAGUUAUUGUAUGGGAUAGUGAUACUGGCAGACAAGUUCAGAGAGUAUCGUGUUUCCAGUCUACUGUAAAGUGUUUAACUGUUCUUCAGAGACUAGACGUUUGGCUGUCUGGUGGGAAUGACCUAUGUGUGUGGAACCGAAAACUAGAUGUGCUGUGUAAGACUAGUCACCUUUCUGAUACAGGGAUCAGUGCUUUGGUUGAAAUACCUAAGAACUGUGUUGUAGCAGCAGUUGGUAAAGAACUGAUAAUUUUCAGGUUGGUUGCACCCACAGAAGGAUCACUCGAUUGGGAGAUUGUUGAAGUUAAGCGCCUCCUUGAUCACCAGGAUAAUAUUCUCUCAUUGGUUAAUGUCAAUGAUUUGAGUUUUGUCACUGGUUCCCACAUUGGCGAGAUGAUCAUCUGGGAUGUCCUGGACUGGACCAUGCAGGCCUAUGAACGCAAUUUUUGGGACCCAUCUCUACAACUGGACACCCAGCAAGAAAUAAAACUCUGUCAGAAAUCAAAUGACAUUUCCAUUCAUCAUUUCACAUGUGAUGAAGAGAAUGUGUUUGCUGCAGUUGGAAGGGGUUUAUAUGUGUAUAACCUUCAAAUGAAGCGUGUGAUUGCCUGCCAGAAGACUGCACAUGAUUCCAGUGUCCUGCACGUUGCCACACUUCCAAACAGGCAGUUAAUCUCAUGCUCAGAAGAUGGCAGUGUACGCAUUUGGGAGCUACGUGAAAAACAGCAGCUCACAGCCGAACCUGUACCAACAGGUUUUUUUAACAUGUGGGGAUUUGGAAGAGUGAACAAACAAGCUAACCAACCUGUUAAAAAGCAGCAGGAAAACGCCACUUUGUGUUCACUGGAGCUUAUUGGAGAUUUGAUCGGACACUCAUCAUCUGUGGAAAUGUUUCUGUACUUUGAAGAUCAUGGACUGGUGACAUGCUCUGCUGAUCAUCUCAUUAUUUUUUGGAAAAAUGGAGAGCGAGAAUCUGGAUUGCGCAGUUUAAAAUUAUUUCAAAAAUUAGAGGAGAAUGGUGACUUAUACCUUCCUGUCUAGUUUAAGAAAUUAAGAAUACAUGUGCAUGAACCAUGAACAUCAAAUAUAGGGUACUACUCUGAAAACCGUUAAUACAUUGAUCUCUUAAGUUUGUAAUUUU